AUAAAGCUCACAGAGCAACUUUACCAGUGGACAGAGACUGAGUGAGUGAUAGAAGAGAGAGUAGUGACACCUUUGCUCAGGAUUCUGGCUGGGGAAAGGGAUGAUAAGCUCUCACUUCGGACUGAACUGUUGGAUACCUGUGGCUCGCUUAACGUGAAGUACUACUUUUGGGAAAAGGACAAGUCCUGAAGUUAGACUGAACAGUUGGAUACUCGUGUAAAGGAUUGCUUAGAAUUAAAUAGUACUUUGGGGAAAGAGACAGAACAGUCAGGAUUCCGUGCUGUUUGAGUAGUUUGUUUUAGCGGGUCUUGGAGGUGUGGUAGAGCGAAUAUCUGAAUAACUUCAUGCUUUUUAAAAUCUGGUUCAUGACACUUAUUAAAUCAGUGGCAGCGAUGCGGUUUUAAUUGCUUCUUGGUGAGGACGAUGACAAGCCUUUGAGUCAGUUGUACAGAGAGGGAAAGUACUCUUCAGGGAAAAGGAGAACGGGCCAGAGCAGAAUGACCUCCCUCUUCUCUCCAGACACUGUAGUGCUGCUGUGCCUCCUCCUCCACUCCACAGAGGGAACCUGCCCCUCCAUCUGUCUCUGCACCUCAGACACACUGAGCUGUGGCUCCCAGGGCCUCACGAGACUGCCCAUCCUCCUGCCCCCCACCACCGUCACCCUCGACCUCAGCUACAACCGGCUGGGCUGGCUGGGCCCCGGCAGCUUCUCCAGCCUGCCCAAACUGGACACCCUCCGCCUGGCAAACAAUCAGCUCACGACGCUGGGCCAUGGGGUCUUCCAGAACACCUCCAGCCUCCGUCACCUGGACCUGUCCUCCAACAGGCUGCGGGUGCUGGAGCAGCACUUCCUGCAGGGUCUGUGGAGGCUGGAGGAGCUGCUGCUCUACAACAACCAUAUCACCCGCGUGGAGGGUGGGACGCUGAGCGGUCUGAGCAGUCUCAGGAAGGCUUACUUCAGCCUCAACCAAGUCACAGAAUUCCCCUUCUUUUCCAUACGGGACCACAGUCAUCCGUUUCUCACCAUGUUGGACCUGUCCUCCAACCGUAUGACCACACUACCCUGGGAGGAUGUGAAGGCACUGCCGGGGUCAGUGCAGAAGGGGCUGUACCUCCAUAACAACUCUCUGGUGUGUGAGUGUUCCAUGUACAGUGUGUUCUGGCACUGGGAGCAGAGGGGCUUCGACUCGGUCAGGGACUUCACAGAUGAGCACACCUGCCUGAUCUACGGCGAGCCGCGCGCCUCGGUCCGAUUCCUCAGACACUCCCUCUACUUCCAAAACUGCACAGUGGGGAAGGUGGUCUCUUUGCCCAUGGCUGUUCUCCUCUCCAACCUCAUGGUGAACGAGGGGGAGAGGGUCCAUCUGGACUGCCAAACCUCCCUCGGAGGUAAAGAGCUGUCAUACACGUGGGUCUCUCCAAAUCAGGAAUACCUGACCCAGACGAGCUUCAACGACACCCUCAUCAACGUGUUCCCUAACGGGACCUUGGAGAUCCCAGCAGCCAAGCUGAAUGACUCGGGACUCUACUUGUGUACAGCCCUGGACUACAAACACAUGCUGAAUGCAACCAGGGAGGUGAAUGUCACCGUGAUCCGCCCCAUGCCUGACACCUUCAACACGGGCUACACCACCUUACUGGGUUGCGUGGUCACCCUGGUAGUCAUCCUAAUGUACCUCUACCUAACGCCCUGCCGCUGUGGGUGCUGUAAGCAGCCCCUGCCUCCAGCCAUCCAGAUCCCUGCCUACGACCCAAACACCCUGGCCUCCAUCUUCUCCCCCACACUGAGCCACAGGGACCCAACCAAGGCCAACAUCAACAAGCGGGUGGUGUUCAUGGAGCCUCUGAUGGAGGAGCAGAACGGGGAUCUGAGGGCCACCCUGGCCAGGGAGCAACCAGGGUUGCAGUGGGAGUGGGGCGCCAGCGGACUCUCCUAGUUAACCUAUCAGAGCCUGUCGCUGACAAAGAGCACUUUAAGAAUUGAGCCCAUGACUUACAAUAGACAUGUAUCAGGUGGUCUGAAUGGAACACAAACAUGACAUCCUCGUUCCUCUUUCUCUGCUGGAAGGCUUCAUCUAACUGGACUAUCCUCAAAUGAUCGCUGAGCCCUGGAGAGAGUGUGAAAGAGAGACCCUCACAGGUCUGUAUAAGGGCUCUAACUAAUGUUCCUCCUCUUUCCUCUCCUCCGUCUCAUUGCAAACCAGGUUGAGUUUUGCAAGACUGUAUAUUUCUAUCCAUGGUAUUGUGGAAGGUUAGAGCAAAGUUAAUUGAACGGCACGAACUUCGGCACUGGAGAGACUUAUCUUCUCUCCUUAAAAUCAUGAACUCCAAAAGCAUUGGUCCUCCCUGAAGUGUAAAAAUAUUGCAUUGGUGUAAGCAUGGAAAGAUUGUAGACAGAUUUCCUAUUAUAUUUAACAUGAGCUAAUUCCUUUUAAAUCCAUAAAUGGAUGUGAGUGCAUGAGCAGACACAGUCGGGUGAAAGGUCUGGGACAGAAUUGGGGAACACUGAUGAAGUCCUAUUGGGACAUUUUGGACUUGGCUGACAUCCACAAAAGCUGUUAGAGUAAUAGAGUUUUUGGAAUUGUAUUUUUUUUUCCUUCAUGGGAUUAAAGUUAAGCGUGAGUAUAUCAGGUCACCGGCGAACCACACUCCCCCGCAAAUAUACACUACUGUUCAAAAGUUUGGGGCCACUUAGAAAUGUCCUUGUUUUUAUUUUUUUGUCCAUUAAAAUAACAUCAAAUUGA